UCUCCACUAUAUAAAGGGGUCGUCAGGCAGAACUUCAACAACAGAUUUUAGGAUCUUCAUCUGCGUUUUCUUCUCUUGUUGCUGUUUUCUGCACCGACUGUGCUCCUCAGUGGCGAUGACUUCACUGCUGACCCUGCUGGGAGCUGUGCUCUGCUCCCUGGCUGUUUCUUCUGAGGUCAUUCCUCCAGCAGACUUCAAUUUACAGGGGAUGUCAGGAAAAUGGUACCUGAUUGGAUUUGCCACUAAUGCCCAGUGGUUUGUCAGUCGCAAAGGCAGCAUGAAGAUGGGCAUGGCUAUGCUCACCCCAACUGCUGACGGGGACAUGGACAUAUCGUACUCCAGCCUCAACUCUGAUGGCUCAUGUUGGAGAAUGAACAAUCUGGCCACGAAGACCAACAUGCCUGGCAAGUUCACAUACACAAGCCAACGCUGGGGGAAUGUGAAUGACAUGCGGGUGGUUGACGUGAAGUACGACGAGUACGUUCUGACUCAGACCAUCAAGACCAAGGGAGAUGAUUCCACCGUUGUCAACAAACUAUAUGGACGUGGAGUUGACCUCAGCCCUGAGCUGCUGGAGAAGUUCAGGCAGUUCUCUCUGGAAACUGGCGUCCUGCCUGAAAAUAUUGCUUACCUUCCUAAAAACGAGGAAUGCCCAGCUGAAUAAUUUUCUGUCCUGCUUGUACUGUCAGAGAUGUUUUCUGCGGACCUUAACAUUUGUGGUGAAAAUCCUACAUCUUUCUACAUCACUGCUACAAACUGAAACAUUUCAGUUUAAUUCUGCUCUUUUAAAUGUUAAGGAUAGAUCUUAAUGAUGUAAAGCCGGGUUUCAACAUUGUGCUGUCAUCUGCCUGCAGCUGUAACUGAGAGCCAUCUUGGCAAAUAAAACGACAAACGGCUAAAAUA